UCUCAGUAAAGCGUAUUUCCUCUUGGGCGUGUCUGACUGAAGCUGAGAGCUUUCACUUCUGCCUGACAGCCGCUGCUCACAGGAACAGGGACUGAACUGGACUCGAACAUGAGUUUCUACAGUGAUGCGUCUGCAGAGGACAUGGGCGACGAGCUGGAGACUCUGGGGUGGUACCACUACGACCUGUCCCGCCACGCUGCAGAGGCCCUCCUUCUGUCUAAUGGGACUGAUGGAAGUUAUCUCCUGAGGAACAGUAAUGAGGGAUCAGGCUGCUUUGCCCUGUCUGUCAGGGCGAAGGAUUCAGUGAAGCAUUUCCACGUGACCCGCAGAGACAAUGGCUAUGUGUUUGGGUUUAAUGAGUUUGCAACUCUUCAGGAUUUUGUCAACCACUUUGCUAACCAGCCUCUGCUGGGCAGUGACACAGGAACCCUAAUUGUGCUGAAGUGUCCAUACCCAUGGCGUGUGGAGGAGCCAUCCAUCUAUGAGUCUGUGCGAGUUCACACAGCCAUACAGACAGGUCGCACAGAGAAUGAUCUUGUGGCGAAUGCACCAUCGCUGGGCACAAAGGAAGGCUAUCUGGUGAAAAAAGGAGCAGUGGUGAAGAACUGGAAACAGAGGUGGUUCACACUCAACAGAUAUGAACUCAAAUACUUCAAAGACAAAAUGUGUGAGGAGCCCAUUCGAACCUUGGAUCUGAGAGAGUGCUCUGCAGUCCAGUUUGACUACUCUCAGGACAGAGUCAAUUGCUUCUGCAUGGUAUUUCCUGAGAGAACAUUUUAUCUCUGUGCAAAGACGGGCGUGGAGGCAGAUGAGUGGAUCAAGAUUCUGAGGUGGAAACUGUCACAGAUCCGAAAAGGUCGAUGAGUGCUGUCACUGGAGGCACAGGGGAUGGAAAGAAGCCCCACCCUCAUGAAGGAUGUCACAUCAGCUGGAUGAACGAUGAAACGAUGAAGAAGACUGUUCUGAAGACUCAAGAAUAACUCUGACCAUGAAAAACACUGGGACACGUUUCCCUGAAUGCACUGACUAGAGGCUAACAACUUUGGUGCAACUCUGUUUUGCUUUGAAACAUUUAUUUAAAGAUGCUUCAUUUCUCAUGAGUGUCCUGUUAGCAGGCCUGGCUGUUUUUCUUUCUUAGGCUGUAGUUCCAUAAAAUUUGCUUUAACAGUUAUUUAAAGGACAAGAUCAUUAAGUGAAACUUACAAUGUGUGUGUGCAUCUGUCAACACUUUUUAACUUCCCGGUCCCCAGUCCAAACCCAGUGGUUCCCACUGAAGAGCAGAAUCUACAUAACAGCUGCUCCCUGAUUCUAAAAAAGGCCCCUGUCAUUUCCUAUGGCAGCUCACUGCUGUAGAUUUUAGCAAACAUGACUCACACAGUAACUUUGUCAGGGCCUAUUUUUCGUUGCAGAUGAAUCCACAUUGAGGGCUGCAGCAUGUGGCUCACUUUUGUUAGUUUAAUAUUUAGCAGCGUCAGUUCAUUGUUGGUUUGGAGGAGGAAAACUGUAGGGUAUUUCCAGCUUUAUCCUGUAAUUCCUGUAAGCCAGUUCAGUUUUAACACUGAACCUGGUUUAUGAAUUAAUCAUUUAUUUAAAAGGAGAUGUUCAGGGAAUUUACUUUGAUUACAAAACAUCAUUACCAGGAGCCAGAAAUGUGUGAUUACCUGUGUCCAUACAUGAUGCUGUCAUACUGCACGUCCCUCAGCUGUGGGUACAGCAGGACAACUUACCGAAGACUGGUGAAUAUAGCCAAGUAUAGAAAAUGAUUUUAAAUAAAACCAACUGAGCAAUUUAAAAAUCA